AUGACAAAAUCACAAAUCAAAUUUCUUCCAAACUUGCCUUUGGGAGAGUAUAAGAUUUUAUUUACAGCAAUAUAUCCUUGUGAAUCUACAAGAGAUCACAUUUUAGGAUGGAAUUUGUAUUUUAGUAAAAAGUCACAGAAUACAACUGAAAUUAAAGGAAAUUUAACAUUUUUGGAAGCUUUUGAUGAUUCUACUAAACUUGAUAUUAACCUAUGGUCCUGGAGCUUAACUGGAGGUUGGAAAACCAAUUCAUAUGUUUACUUAACUGAGAACGCAUGUAACAAGUUGAAAAUUGUAUUUGGAAAAGUUUGGUUUUCACUGAAAGAGUCUUUCAAAAUUCCUACUGGAGACUGUCCUAUACCUUCGGGCAUAUAUACAACAUCAGGGUUUGAUAUAAAGUAUUUACAAGAUCAUAACUUUCCAAAAGUGUACUAUUAUGGAAAAUAUAAAGGCGUACUUAAAUUAAAAAAUAAAAAGAAUAAACUACUUGGAUGUUUUGCUAUGGAGUUCAACCUUUUAAGACCAUGGGAGAUGCCAAAAUAUUGA